AUAUUUACAAUGUUAGACCAAUUUUCAUUCUCCAUCAACUUCUAUUAGUCCAUAAUAACAAAAAAGAAAAAAUUAUUGCAUAUUUGUGUAUUUCCUACAGCGUGUGAAGUCAGGUUUCACUCUUUCUUUCUUCCCUUCACUCGCUUCAAGCCUUCUUCAUUCUUCACAACACUGUCACAUAUACACACAGCGAAACAGAAAUAGCAAUGGAGCUCGAAAACUCCACCAAUGAACCCAACACCCCAAACCCAGAACCUCCCAACUCCAACAAUCUCAUCGAAACCUUCAUUGAAGACAUGAUAGACAGUAACUGUUCAACCCCUUACGUCAGCGCUCCUUCAAGUCCAGGCCGUACCGGACAACCUAUCUCCGGUUACUUCUACAGCGCUCCUGCAAGCCCAAUGCAUUUCUCCAUCACUUCUUCUUACCACCACCAAACCACUAACACCUCUUCUUCAAACAUUCCUCUAAGUUACGAGUUUGAAUUCUCUGCCCGGUUCGGAUCCACCGGUUCAGCUGCUUCCGGUUCAAUGACUUCGGCCGAUGAGUUGUUUCUUAACGGCCAGAUCCGACCCAUGAAACUUUCCUCUCACUUGGAACGUCCUCAGGUUCUUGCUCCAUUACUGGAUCUGGAAGAAGAAGAAGAGGAAGAAGAUGAAGGUGAAGUUGUUGUUCGUGGUAGAGAUCUGAGGCUCAGAGAUAAAUCUGUUAGGAGAAGAACCAGAUCUAUGUCUCCUUUGAGAAAUAACACGCAUUUUGAGUGGACAGAGAAUAACGUUACUUUGGAGAUUGAUGAGAAUCAAAUGAAGAACAAUGAUAGUAAUAAUGGUGUUUUAUCGGAAAUGGAGAAUCAUAUAGAUAAGGUUGAUGAUUUGGGUUUGGAAACAAAUCCUUCAGAUUCUGCUUCUUCUUCUAGAUCUUCUUCAGCUGGAAGAAGUUCUAAAAGAUGGGUUUUUUUGAAGGAUUUUCUAAGAAGCAAAAGUGAAGGAAGGAGUAACAACAAAUUCUGGUCAACGAUUUCGUUUUCUCCAACAAAAGAAAAGAAAUCAAACUCUAAUAAUCAAAAUCUACAACCCCAGAUUUCAAAGGAGAAAUCUUGUGAAAAUCAGAGAAAUGGGUCAUCGUCUUCUUCUAGCAAAGGAAGUUCUUCUCAUUCUCAAGGUUGGGCUAAGAAAAUGACAGGAAAGCCCUUGAAUGGUGUUGGGAAGAGGAGAGUUCCACCUUCUCCACAUGAGUUGCACUAUAAAGCUAAUAGAGCUCAAGCUGAAGAGUUGAGGAAAAAGACUUUUUUGCCCUACAAACAAGGUUUGCUUGGGUGUUUGGGAUUUAGUUCCAAGGGUUAUGGGGCCAUGAAUGGCUUUGCUAGAGCCUUAAACCCCGUUUCAUCAAGGUAGUUUAAUCCCAUCAUAUUUGAGGUUUUUCUUCAAAUUGUACAGAUCAUUAUUAUUACCACUAUUAUCAUCAUCAUUACUAUUAUUAUUUCCUAGAUUAUUUUGAAAUUAAUGGUAAUUAGCUUAGUUUGAAAGCUUCUUUAAGGUCACUCACCUCAUCUUCCAUGGGGUUGGUGAAGAUUAAAAUAUAUGAAGUUUCUUUCUUCCAUAUCCACAUCAUCCUUGUAGUUGAUGAUGAUGCUGAUAAAACUAUGUACACUAUACUAGUACUCACUGCAUUUAAUUAUUUACACUAUUGCUGUGAAGUAACUAGAGUUCAUAUAUUAUUAUUAUUUUUAUUACUA